GUCUCAGCGUGGUGAGGAAAUCUCAGCCCACAGGAGGGUAUAAAUCUCUGCUCCACCGCAGGCUAAAGUCUGCCCUGGCAGCUAUCCCAGAAAGAGGGGACAAAGUACAAGCAUGCUGAGCCACAGGAUGCAGCCUGCUGGAAAUCAGAUCAUGACUUCCUGUUUCCCCCGGAAGCUGUUGGGAGGAAUAUUCAUCCUGUGCAUGCUGAUAAUGGGUGUUUCUGCAUUCACCACUCCAUCUGAGGAGCACACAGUGACCGCAGGCAACUGCUCCUUUCGUGGCAAGCAUUACAAAGUGGAGCUCAGGGUGGCUGGUGAGCCUGUGGUUCUGAGGUGCCCCCUGUUGUGGCCUCGGUUGGGGGCCACCGCCAGCCCCCAGGACCUCAUGACCUGGCAUAGAAAUGGCUCUGCUCAGCUGCUCCCAGGGGCAGAGCCUAGGAUGCAGGUCAAGGACAGCACCCUCUGGAUCCUGCCAGCCAUGUGGGGGGACGCAGGCACCUAUAUCUGUACUGUCAGAGACGCCUCUCACUGUGAAGAAAUGGCCAUUGAGCUCAAGAUUUUUGAGGAUGCAGAGACGUCUCUGCCUCUCAUCUCUUAUCCACAAAUCGUAACCUUGGGAACAGACAGCAUGCUAAUGUGCCCAGACACGCUGGAUUUUGCCCGGGACAAAGCUGGCAGGAGUGUUCGGUGGUACAAGGGUUCUGUCCUCCUGGGUGGAGAUGGUGGGAAGUUUCACUCUGUGGAGGAGAAAAGGCGCUUGCUCAUAGUCAACGUGUCCAUGGAAGAUGAGGGCUACUACAGGUGCGUGCUGACCUUUGCCCGGGAGGGCAGAGAAUACAACAUCACCAGGAACGUCAAACUCCGAGUUCACAGAAGAACCAACACCGUUCCUGUGGUUAUUUCUCCCCUGGACACCAUAUCUGCAUCUCUGGGCUCGAGACUGACGAUCCCGUGUAAGGUGUCUCUGGGGGCUGGCACACCCUUGGCCACCUCACUGUGGUGGAUGGCAAACAUCACCCAAGUAGAGAGUGCCUACUCCAGGGGACGUGUGACUGAGGGGCCGCGCCGGGAAUACUCAGAAAAUGGUGAGAACUUCAUUGAAGUGCCGCUGAAUUUUAAUCCAGUCAUAAGGGAGGAUUUGAACACGGAUUUUAAAUGCAUUGUCUCUACUACUCUGGGUUUGCAGACACUGCGUACCACGGUCAAAGAAGCUCCUUCCACAUUCUCCUGGGGAGUUGCCCUGGCGCCCCUGUUGCUGGUCUUCUUGGUUUUGGGGGCCAUCUGCAUGCACCAGCACUACAAACGCAGAGCCGGAAAAGCCUACGGUCUGACCAUGCUCAACACCAGCUUCCAAGACUUCCAUCCUAUCCCAGAAAAAUAAAAGAGAUGAAAUGAUAUGAACUCGAUCCCUGUCCUUUCUGAUGGAAGUGGGUGUUUUUCUCACAGACGUUGGCAUUUCUCCUUGUUUAACGAAGCCCCUUCGUUUGCAGUGAAGGACCGCAGUCAUCUUUACUUUUUUUUUUUUUCCUGAAAAUCAAUGACAGAAGCAAAUGUACACAGUGGGUAUGAGCAGCUCUCUGUACCUGUGACCUAUUUAGAAGAACGAAUGAGGUGCCCUUCAACCUGAGUAAGAGUGGAAACCACCAAGUGGGUUUUGAAACUCGUCUAUUCAUUCAGAACAAAAAUGCACCGAAAGUCAAUUUGGUCAGGCUCUGUCGGAGACAUGAGAGAGACAGAUGGUUAAGGCAUGGUUUGCCUUCAGGAAGGAAGAAGUCCAUUUUGAUUCUGGAAAAGCGG